CCACGGCUUUCACCUCGGAUUCAGUGACUCGAUAUUGCCUAUCGAAAGCCCUCGAUCGAUCGCAAAAAAUUAUUUCAGUGAAAAAUUAUUGCAAACAAUUGAAAGAAUAAUUUUUCAUCGAGUGCAACUGAGAAUGAGUUACGUUGACGAAUAGUGAGUGAGGAUUUUCGUCUGGAAUAAUAGCUGUCAUAUGCCACGAAAUUUCGAAUAUAUUUGAAAGUGAGGAAAGGUGACAGGAGGAAUACGAUGAUCCGCUGAUACACUUGGGAAUACUUUCAGAUUUGGAUUGUGGGGAGAUAUUGGGGUAACAGCAGGAUUGACGAGAGGAGAUGCAGCAUCAGCAGCAGAAUGGGGUGGUACCGGGGGGAGGGAGUCAUGAUGACUUCUCGGAUGAUGAUACCACACCGUUGACACAGGAUUAUGGGGGAAGUCAGCGAACAGUCGUAGAAACAAAAGGAUGGGACGUCUUCAGAGACCCGCCUCCAAAGAUAGACUCUGGCUCCAUGGCGAAUCAAAAGUGCCUGGACGCCACAGUACAAAUAACAAAAGUCAUAGUCUACCUCGUUGUGUUCGUCAUAGUCCUCGGUUGCGGUGUUCUCGCGAAAGGAACAGUCCUCUUCAUGACCUCGCAGCUUCGUCCAGGUCGAGUGAUGGUGUACUGCAAUCGUCAGCUGGGUAGAGACCGUCAAUUCGUGGUGAGCCUCCCUGAGGAGGAGAGGAUCGGCUGGAUGUGGUGCAUAAUAAUAGCCUUCGCAGUGCCCGAGAUCGGGACCUUCAUCAGAAGCUGCAGGAUGUGCACGUUCAAGUCCUGCAAGAAGCCCUUGUCCUCGCACUUCUUGCUUGUCUUCAUGAUGGAGACCUUUCACGUUCUCGGACUGGCCCUGAUGUUCUUUUCAGUUCUGCCGGAUCUCGACGUCGUCAAGGGCGCAAUGCUGACGAACUGCGUGUCCUUCGUCCCAGGACUUCUUGGACUGCUCUCCAGGAGCAAAAGCAAGGACGAGUCCAAGCGAUUUGUUCUGGUUCUGGUGGACCUGGCGGCAUUGGCAGCACAGGCCAGCGGAUUCGUCGUCUGGCCACUGCUGGACAGCUCCAGGCACAGUCUCUGGCUCAUUCCGGCCUCGCUGAUCCUCGUGUCCUGCGGCUGGUGGGAGAACUACGUCUCCAUGCAGAGCCCCAUUGGGCUUGUUAGGACUCUCAGCAGAGUGAAAAAGGAUCUCCGCUUGACAAGAUAUUUUACCUACUUGUUUGUCUCCGUCUGGAAGAUAAUCGCCUUCUUCAUAAGUUCAUUAAUCAUUCUGCACUCGAGAGGCGAAACUGUUGGACAUCUGUUCACAAUGUUCGGUAGUGCUUUUGGGGAGCACAAGAUCACGGUAACUGCUGUCCGCCAGAAUGCCCUCGGGACAAUUCCGGACAUCUCGGACUUUCUGCCGAAUGGAGAGACCGAAACUGUUGAUGCCGAUCUCAAUUCAGCGAUUUAUGUACUGCUCAUUCAGAUUUUUGCGUCUUAUAUUGCUUACAUAUUUGGUAAAUUCGCGUGCAAAAUUCUAAUCCAGGGGUUCAGUUACGCUUUCCCAGUCAGUCUAACGAUCCCCGUCCUGAUCUCCCUCCUCAUAGCGGUCUGCGGCCUCCGCACCAGCGAUCCCUGUUUCUUCCACGGAACAAUUCCCGACUACCUCUUCUACGACGCGCCCCCUCUCUACUUCCUAAACGACUUUGUCUCGAAACAAUACGCCUGGGUCUGGCUCCUCUGGCUGCUCUCCCAGACCUGGUUCACCAUUCACAUAUGGACCCCUAAAUGCGAGCGUCUGGCCGCCACCGAGAAGCUCUUCGUCGUACCCAUGUACGACUCCCUAUUGAUCGAUCAGUCCCUCGGUCUCAAUCGCAAACGCGACGAUCAGCCGGAGGUCAAGGUCGAGGAUCUCGCCGAAAUCGAGAGGGAGAAAGGUGACGGCGAUUACGAGACCAUUUACGAGCAAACUGACGGCUCAACAACACCACCGUCUGCGGUCAAGAAUAGCGAUCACGUAACGCGUAUCUAUGCAUGCGCCACAAUGUGGCACGAGAACAAGGAAGAGAUGAUUGAGUUCUUGAAGAGUAUUCUACGGCUCGAUGCGGAUCACAGCGCAAGGCGUAACGCCCAGAAGUUCUUCAAACUCAUUGACCCAGAUUACUAUGAAUUCGAGACCCACAUAUUCUUCGACGACGCUUUCGAACUCGCUGAUGAAGAUGAGAAUGAAGUGCAAGUCAAUCGUUUCGUUAAGCUACUGGUGUCAACGCUGGACGAAGCUGCAUCCGAUGUUCAUCACACGAGAACACACGUUAAGGCACCGAAGAAGAUACCAACACCUUACGGAGGCCGAUUAAUCUGGACUUUGCCUGGUAAAUCGAAGAUGAUUGCUCACCUGAAGGACAAGAACAAGAUUCGUCACAGGAAACGAUGGAGCCAAGUCAUGUACAUGUACUACUUGCUGGGUCACAGAUUGAUGGAGUUGCCUAUCAGCGUUGACAGGAAGGAAAUCAUCGCUGAGAACACUUAUCUCCUGACCCUGGACGGUGACAUUGACUUUCAGCCAGCAGCUGUGAAGUUACUUGUGGAUCUGAUGAAGAAGAAUAAGAAUCUGGGCGCUGCUUGUGGUAGAAUUCACCCUGUGGGAUCUGGCCCGAUGGUUUGGUACCAGAUGUUUGAGUACGCAAUCGGUCAUUGGUUGCAGAAGGCCACGGAGCACAUGAUUGGAUGUGUUCUCUGUAGUCCUGGCUGCUUCUCCCUCUUCAGGGGAAAGGCCCUCAUGGACGACAACGUCAUGAAGAAGUACACGACCAAAUCCGAGGACGCCAGGCAUUACGUUCAGUACGAUCAGGGGGAGGAUCGAUGGCUGUGUACUCUGCUGCUUCAGAGGGGCUAUCGAGUCGAGUAUUCCGCCGCCAGCGAUGCCUACACCCAUGCCCCUGAGGGAUUCAAUGAGUUCUACAAUCAGCGCAGACGAUGGGUGCCCUCGACCAUGGCCAACAUCAUGGAUCUGCUCAUGGAUUCUAAGAGAACCAUCAAGAUCAACGAUAAUAUCUCGAUGCCCUACAUUUCGUAUCAGAUUCUGUUGAUGGGGGGCACCAUCCUUGGCCCCGGAACUAUAUUCCUCAUGUUGGUGGGUGCCUUCGUGGCUGCCUUCAAGAUCGACAACUGGACCAGCUUCUACUACAAUAUCUUCCCGAUUCUACUGUUCAUGGUGGUUUGCUUCACUUGUAAAUCCAACGUACAGGUAUUUUUCGCUGCGGUCCUCAGUGUCGUCUACGCACUCGUAAUGGUAGCCGUAAUAAUAGCAAUAUCCAUAAACGUUAUCGAUGAUGGAUUGCUGUCACCCUCGAGUUUAUUCAUCCUCCUGGUGACAGCGCAAAUAGCAAUAGCUGGAUGCCUACAUCCGCAAGAAAUUGGUUGCCUUGCGCAUGGAAUAAUUUACUACAUAACGGUACCCUCGAUGUACGCUGUACUAAUUAUAUACUCUCUCGUCAAUUUGAAUAACAUUACGUGGGGCACGCGGGAAGUAACAGUGAAAAAAACAAAGGCGGAACUGGAGCAAGAGAAGAAGGAGGCAGAGGAGGCUAAGAAGAAGGCCAAGACCAAGUCUCUACUUGGUUUUCUGCAGAAUGGAUCUGGGAAUAAUGAGGAUGACCAGGGGUCCAUUGAGAUUUCGCUCGCUGGAUUGUUCAAGUGCAUGCUCUGCACUCACGGCAAGCCUUCGGAGGAGAAGCAACAAUUGGUGGCGAUUGCUGAGUCUCUUGAGCAAUUGGGAAAGCGAUUGGAGACUAUUGAGAGAGCUGUCGAUCCUCACGCUCACAGCGCAGUCCGUCGUCGAGGUUCAUCAGCAGGUUCACGGGGAGGUGAUCACCUGGGACCGAUCAACGAAGCCUCCCAGGAAGGCCACGAAGCUGACAGCGAUUCCGAGGAAUCCAGCGAGCAAGAGGACGUCAGACGCGAGGACAACCUGUCCCGGCCUUAUUGGCUGUCUGACGAGGGCCUCAAGAAGGGAGAGGUCGACGUCCUCUCCAUGCAGGAGGAGGCCUUCUGGAAGGACCUUCUCGCUCAGUAUCUGUACCCCAUCGAUGAAGACAAAGCAGAGAAGGCACGCAUCGCGGCAGAUCUGAUUGAACUCCGGAACAAGAGUGUAUUCGCGUUUUUAAUGUUCAAUGCUCUAUUUGUACUGAUAGUAUUUCUACUACAAUUGAACAAAGAUCAGCUGCACGUUGUGUGGCCACUUGGGGUCAAGACCAACAUCACCUUCGUUGAGGAAACCUCAGAGGUACCGGCACACCGGCCUCAUCUCUUAUAUAUUAAUGUGUUCUACUCUGUCUUCCUUACAUGUCUCACAACACCUGAAUCCAACUAAUGUGGUACACGGUGGCAAUUAGCACGAGUCCCUGGAAUCUAGUUUUAGAUAUGGAAGUCCAUUAAUACUUCCCUCACAAGUGUGAUAUAAUCUUGCAGACAGUUUCAUUAAGGUGUUUCAUCCGUACUCCGCAAAUGAAAGGGGAAUCCCAUUAUUCCAAGCCCUGAUUCAACCCUUGAACACGAAAACUUUCAAUUUUCAAGUAACUAUUUCAGUGUGCAUUUGAUCGUUUCUUGAAUAUUAAUUUUUCUUGGGAGAUUUAUUUUUUCCCGUUACUUACGAGUGUCAAAUUAUUUUCAUUGGAUGUUUUUCUAAUUAUUUAAGCAAUAUUAAAAUGCAUCGGAGACGCGGCAAUACCGCACGGAUCAUUCCUAUGGUUUUUUCGGGUUGGUAAACCUGCAGUUUUUUCUCUCAGUUCCGUGGUCUAACCGAUACCUCUCCCAUGAUGCACCCGCGAUUAUAUUGACAUUCGAAUUGCGCGCCACUCAUGGUGAAGGCGUUGCCACACCUGAGCCUCAAUGGAUAGAAUCUGCCUCGGAACUCAUAAUUUUCGGUAUCACUUGUACAUUUAAUCAUUUCUUGAACAUUUUUUUUUCUCGAGGCCGAGAUCUAGAAAAAAUCCGAAAAAAAUCCCAAUGAUGUAGGAAACUCAGAUAUAUCUCCCAUGAAUUUUUCACAUUCUUUUCAUUAUUUUCACUUCUCACAUCAAACGCCUUAAAGAUGUCUGGAAUUUAUCUCAUACCUGUGCCUUGAUCCUCAAUUGUCUCACGACAAUCCACUCAAACUGAAUAAUUUGGCUCUAUAAUCUCUCCCCAAGCAUCUUUUCAAAAUUAUGUCGAAAGACUGAUCCUUCCAACCAAUUAUUGACGGUGCAAAAUGGAUGACUAAUAUUCACGUGGUUGCAGCUGCAUUUAUUGACUGGGGUUGGAGUGGUCCAUAUUGGGGGAGUCUCAUGGUUGAGCUUCCAAUGGUCUUUUGUGUCUAACUCAAUGAGGAGGCGAACAAACGACCCUGUGAGAUCUUUCACAAUGUCGUUUUUGUGUACAUAAUAAUCAUUGUGGAUUAAAACAAAUUGAGGGAUUUGACUGUGUUUUUUGAAUGUUCAAUUCGGGUGUCUGAUUUUUUACUGGGGAUUUUACAGGUACAUGUCU